AUGCGCGGGGUGCGCGCCGCGCGCGAGCUCGCGCUGGCGACGACGGCGGCGGACGAACGACGCGGCGACGCGGGCGCGUCGACGGGCGCGCUCGGCGCGCAGGGCGACCGCGCGCUGCUCGUGAUCGACGUGCAGAACGAUUUCGCGGCGCCGAGCGGGGCGCUGACGGUGCGGGGGGGGGACGGCGUCGCGCGCGCGUGCUCGAGGUGCGUCGAGGCGUUCGACAGGGUGGUGUUCGCGCAGGAUUAUCACCCGGCGGGACACGAGAGCUUCGCGAGCGCGCACGCGGGGAAGGCGCCGUACGACGAGGUGGAGCUCGCGCACGGGACGCAGACGCUCUGGCCCGAUCACUGCGUGCAGGGGACGUGGGGAUGCGCGUUUCACGACGAUUUAGUGGUGCCGGCGAGGGCGAUGGUGGUGAGAAAAGGACACAACCGGGACGUCGAUUCGUACAGCGCGUUUUUUGAAAACGACCGACGGAGCGAUACGGGUCUGGAUGAGUACCUCAAGAAGGAAGGCGUCAAACGCGUGUACGUCGUCGGAUUAGCGUACGACUUUUGCGUCAAGUACACCGCGUUAGACGCGAAACGAUUGGGAUACGACGCGUACGUCGUGCGGGAUUGUUGCGCGGGCGUGGCGUUGCCGGGAACGAUGGAGGCGGCCGAGAAGGAGCUCGCGGACGCGGGCGUCGUCGUCCUAGAAACGCUUCCCGCGUAG